GAUUGCAACACUUUAAGAUUCCUGCUGCCGUUAUGUGGUUGUGCAUGUUGUCUUAUUCUUCGCGUUUGUAAAGUCCAUGAAAAGCUUUUUUCCUCAUAAGUGAGCAAGAACUUCAGUCCUUCAGUGAACUGGAAAUUCCAUUUUUUUAUGUUCCCUCUUCAUUCUCCAGUUGUGACUAGAAAACCGUAUCAACCUGUUGCAAGACCAGAGAAUACAUGUUACACACCCUGGAGCUGAGGCAGAGAAGCUGAAAGAUUCAUUCAGUGCUGUAUAAGAAAUGUGUGAGUGCAGACCAAGACCCAGUGUUGGUUGUGGAAAACAUUAACCACCACCACCACCACCGAUGAAUGGCUUGAUCUUCACUCUCAGCUCCAGAUGACCUGUCCUGUUGUUCGUAAGGAUGUCGUCUGUUACUGAAAAUGGAGAUGUUACUGCUGGAAAACCAAAUGAAGAGAAAACUUAUAAAAAGACUGCAUCCUCAGCUAUUAAAGGUGCUAUCCAGUUGGGAAUAGGAUACACGGUAGGAAAUCUUACUUCAAAACCAGACAGAGAUGUUCUUAUGCAAGACUUCUAUGUAGUGGAAAGUGUCUUUCUACCAAGUGAAGGGAGCAAUCUUACCCCUGCUCAUCAUUACCCUGACUUCAGAUUUAAGACAUAUGCACCUCUUGCCUUCCGCUAUUUCAGAGAACUUUUUGGUAUCAAGCCUGAUGACUAUUUGUACUCAAUCUGCAGUGAACCUUUAAUUGAAUUAUCCAACCCAGGUGCCAGUGGGUCCUUAUUUUUUGUAACUAGUGGUGACGAAUUCAUCAUCAAAACAGUUCAACACAAAGAGGCCGAGUUUCUUCAGAAGCUUCUGCCAGGUUAUUAUAUGAAUCUGAACCAGAAUCCAAGGACUCUUCUUCCCAAAUUUUAUGGGCUGUACUGUGUUCAGUCAGGAGGCAUUAAUAUUAGGAUUGUUGUCAUGAACAAUGUUUUGCCACGAGCCUUGAAAAUGCAUUUCACAUACGACUUGAAAGGCUCUACAUACAAACGGAGAGCAUCAAGAAAAGAAAGGGAGAAAUCCAACCCUACAUUCAAAGACCUCGAUUUCCUGCAAGAUAUGCAUGAAGGGUUGUAUUUUGACUCUGAAACACACAGUGCACUAAUGAAAACACUACAGCGGGAUUGUCGAGUUCUAGAAAGUUUUAAGAUCAUGGAUUACAGUCUGCUUCUGGGGAUCCACAUAUUGAACAGUAACAUGAAGGAAAAAGGAGGAGAGUGUUCCAGGAGUGCAUCAGAUGCAAAACGUCAUGGAGGGCAGAAAGUUCUCUAUUCCACAGCAAUGGAGUCUAUACAGGGCCCUGGGAAGUCUGGAGACUCUGUCACCACAGAGACAACAAACACAAUGGGAGGUAUUCCAGCAAAAAGCCAUAAAGGUGAAAAGCUGCUUUUAUUUAUGGGUAUAAUUGACAUUCUCCAGUCUUACAGGUUAAUGAAGAAGCUGGAGCAUUCUUGGAAAGCUCUAGUUUAUGAUGGGGAUACUGUUUCAGUUCACCGACCAAGUUUUUAUGCAGACAGAUUUUUAAAGUUUAUGAAUGCAAGAGUUUUCAAAAAAGUUCAAGCUUUAAAGCCUUCACCUUCAAAGAAACGGUGCAAUUCCAUCACAGCCCUAAAGGCAGCAUCACAAGAAAUAGUGUGUGCAGUUAGCCAGGAGUGGAAGGAUGAAAAGCAUGGCAUUCUUGCUGAAGGACAAAGUUAUGCCAGCCUUGAUGAAGAAGUGCUAGGUUCACACCACCAGCCGGAUCUAGUGCCAAGCACUCCGUCUCUUUUUGAAGCAGCUUCCUUGGCAACCACACUUUCUUCUUCUUCCCUGAAUGUGGAUGAGCACUAUCAACGUGAUCAACCUACACUCUAUUCUAGCAGUAAAGGGUUACCUUCAAGUUCAACAUUCACUUUGGGAGAUAGUGCCAUUUUUUUGACUUCAGAACAGAGCACAGUGGAAAUGGAAAAUGAUAAUGCUUCAGUUUUGGAUGUCUACUUAUAACACAGAAUACAUUAAGAGUAAAACUAAGAGAAGUGACCAUGGUUAAUGAAGAGCACUUUCUUCACUCCUCAUUCAAGAAGGAGGAAUUUGCUGAGCCUAAUAGACAAAGAGUAAUAAUCAACAGAACUAAUUCUAAGAAGCGCCAGGAUCUUUGAACCACAGAAAGGAUCGAUGCACUUGACAAAAAUGACAUGAAACAUUCCACAUUCUGCUGUCAUCUGCUGUUGCUUGCUCAACUGUGAAGAACUGUGUAUUCAGGCUGCUUUCUACAACAUUGCAAAUCAUCUUUUUUGCAUUUUGAAGUGAUAUUUUCUUACCAGCUCUCUAGUGGUUUCAUUUGCAUGCACUGUGUAACUAUGCACAAGCAAAAUGUAUUACCUACUUUACCUAUUUAAAAAUAAACACAGUGGUGAAUAAAAUC